AUGAAUAAGCAAAAGAAACAGCAGCAGCAACCACCUCCACCUCCUCAGCCCCCUCAGAUUCCAGAAAGUUCUGCAGAUGGAGAGCCAAAGCCAAAAAAGCGGAGGCAAAGGAGGGAGAGAAGGAAGCCUGGGGCCCGGCCAAGGAAGCGGAAAACCAAACGAGGAGUUCCCAUUGUAGAACCUCAAGAACCGGAGAUCAAGCUAAAGUACGCUACCCAGCCACUAGAUAAAACCAAUGCCAAAACCAAGUCUUUCCCCCCUUACAUCCAUGCAGUAAAUAAGGGUGAACUUGGAGCUGUUUGUACAAUAGUCAAUGCUGAAGAAGACAAAGAACAGACCAAAUUGGUGAGGAGCCGGAAGAGUCAGAGAUCUCUGACCCCUUCCUACAGCAGCACAGGAAGCAAAGUGCUCCCAGCUUCAUCCUUUAUGCUGCAGGGGCCUGUGGUAACAGAAUCUUCUGUAGUGGAGCCGGUGGUUUGCUGUCUCUGUGGCAAGGGGGCCGGUUACAGUAACAUGGGUGACCUCUAUGGACCCUUUUAUCCCCACGAUUAUCCAGCCACUCUUCGGAAGAAUCCACCUCCUAAGAGGUCCUCAGAAAUGCAGAGCAAAGUCGAGGUUCGGCACAAAAGCGCUUCUAAGGGUUCUAAAACUGACACUGAGGAGGAGGAGCAACAGCAGCGGAAAGAGCAGAGGAGCCCGGAAGCUCAUCCUAGGUACAACCUGCGCCUGCGCUCCCAAGACUCUGGUGGAGGUUCUCGGUCCCAUUCCAGGGGGCGCCCUCGUAAGAACGCAGCCGCUAUGGGCAGCAGUAAAAAGACUGUUUUAGACACAAAGUUCUCUGUACCUACCACUUCAAAAGGUACUAAUAACUCUGGUGGAGGUUCUCGGUCCCAUUCCAGGGGGCGCCCUCGUAAAAACGCAGUCGCUAAGGGCAACAGUAAAGAGGCUGUUUUAGACACAAAGCCCUCUGUACCUACCACUUCAAAAGGUACUAAUAGUUCAAAAAUUGACACUCAGGAGCAACAGCAGCGGAAGGAGCAGAGGAGCCCNGCUGCUCAUAGGUUCAAUCUGCGCCAGCGCUCCNAAGACUCUGGUGGAGGUNCUCGGUCCCAUUCCAGGGGGCGCCCUCGUAAAAANGNAGNCNCUAAGGGCAACAGUAAAGAGGCUGUUUUAGACACAAAGCCCUCUGUACCUACCACUUCAAAAGGUACUAAUAGUUCAAAAAUUGACACUCAGGAGCAACAGCAGCGGAAGGAGCAGAGGAGCCCGGCUGCUCAUAGGUUCAAUCUGCGCCAGCGCUCCAAAGACUCUGGUGGAGGUCCUCGGUCCCAUUCCAGGGGGCGCCCUCGUAAAAAUGUAGCCCCUAAGGGCAACAGUAAAGAGGCUGUUUUAGACACAAAGCCCUCUGUACCUACCACUUCCAAAGGUGGUCCUGAGUGGGAGUUACAAAUCCCUGAACGACCUCUUGCUAGCAAUGAAUUUUGGGUCCAUGAGGAUUGUAUUCUCUGGGCCAAUGGAACCUACUUGGUCUAUGGCAGGCUCUAUGGCCUGCUGGAAGCGCUGGAAAACGCCAGAGAUGUGACAUGCUCCCACUGCCAGAAGGCUGGCGCUACUCUGGGCUGCUACAACAAAGGCUGCACCUUCCGAUACCAUUACCCAUGUGCCGUUGAUGCAGAUUGUUUGCUGAAUGAGGAGAAUUUCUCGGUGAGGUGCCCCAAGCACAAGGUGAGACUGCAGAGACGAGAAGGUGGUGAUGGACAAACAUGACAGAACGGAAUCCUCCUGUUGUGCAACCAUACCUCACUCUGCCCAACCCUGCA